AUGUCAAUAUAUUAUAAACAACCCAUAUUAUUAAUUAAAUUUGAACAAAAUCAAACGUUUACGCUUCAAGCAAUAAAUUAUUUGAAGUCUGACAUCAACAUCUAUGAUAUCUCCUCAAAACUAGAUUUAAAGGAAUCACCCGAUCAGCCUGACCUUGAAACGGUGCAGUCUAUCGGAGUAGAAAAUGAGGAUAUCACCGACUAUAACUUGUCACCACAAGAUAUCCUUCGUGCAUUACCCGGGAUAACCGCAAAAAACUAUAAACAUAUUAUGUCUAAAGUUGAAAAUUUGCGCAAAUUAACAAUUAUUUUUAAGGGGGUUACAAAUCUUGGCAAAACCUUAUAUGGAUUUCUCGAAAGAAAU